AUGGCGACGGCGACUCUUCCAGAGCUUCCCCCUUCGCGGAAGGCCAUCGUACAGUCGGCAGAGAAGCCCGGGACCUUUGAACUGCGCGCCGAUCUACCCAUGCCGCCUUUGCCGCCCGACCACGUCCUCAUCAAGGUGGCAGCGGUGGCGAUCAACCACUGCGACUACAAGAUGCCAGCGAGGAUCCCGUGUCCCGGCGCCGUGGACGGCAGCGACUUUUCGGGCACCGUGGUGCGCCUCGGCGAGGCGGUAGCGCGCACGCCGGGAGGGCUGCGGAUCGGCGACCGCGUCGCCGGGGCGCAGAUGGCGUCGCAAGUCCGCCGGCCCUGGUGCGGCGCCUUCUCCGAGUACAUCGCCGACAAGGCCGACAACGUCUGGCGCGUGCCCGAGCACCUCUCGUGGGAGCAGGCGGCCUCGAUAGGCUGCGGCGUGACCACGAGCGUGGGGAUGGCGCUCUGGUGGGCCAUGAAGCUGCCCGGCACGCCCGAGAAGCCUACCGCGGACCCCAAGUUCGUUCUCGUCUAUGGGGGCUCGACUGCCAGUGGCACUUUUGCCAUUCAGCUGCUCAAGCUGUCGGGCUACCGAGUCGUCACGACGUGCUCCCCCAAGAACUUCGAGCUGGUGCACGAGUAUGGUGCCGAGAAGGCGUUUGACUAUCACUCGCCGACGUGCGGCGAGGAGAUCCGGGCGUACACCAAGAACACGCUGGAAUACGCGCUCGACAUCAUCACGGAAGCGCGCACAAUUCGCCAGUGCUAUGCGGCCAUUGGGCGUGGAGGCGGCAGAUACGUCGGGUUUGAGCUCCUGCCCGACGAUCUGAUCGCCACGAUGCGCAAGACGGUCAAGGCCGACUGGGUCAUCGGGCUGGAGGCGACAGGCCUGGAGCUGGAACUCCCUGGGGGGUAUUAUCGCAAGGCAAACCCCGAGCUGCACGCCUGGAUCCACGUGUGGAUCAAACGCUUCGCCGCCUUGUACGAGGCCGGAAAGCUAAAACCGCAUCCCAUACGGGUCAACCAGGGCGGCCUCGCGGGCGUCAUUGAUGGCAUCAGCACCUUGCAGCGGAAGGAGGUGCAUGCCCAGAAGCUGGUGUAUCUGCUGGACGGCUAG